AGCGACGAGUCGCUGGGAGCGGUGCUGACUGCAGCGAGCCGGUCAGUGACGUGCGUCUCUUGGUCGGCGUCGGUGGCGCAGGUGUCGGGACGAGUGGCGUCUUGUCGACGAAUCGCAGGGAGCCGUGGGAGUGUGUGGUCAAGUCCGGUCGAGUCAAGUCGACGAGCGGGGACGGGAUCGGCUUGACCAGCGGCGUCGGGACCAGUGGAGUGUUGCCGACAAAUGGCAGGGAGCCGUGUGGCGAAGGGUCUUGUUCGGUGAUCUGGUUGGGAACACUUACAUCGAUGAGUGGCGGAGAGAUUUGUGCAGGUGGCGGUUUGGAAACAGGAAGUUCCGGACAUGGAAUUACGGGUGUUGUGAAGACAUGCGUUCUCGAGUCGGGGAGCGUCUGAGGAUAGCUCAUGGAGUGAGUGGUCGGCGUCGAGGUAGCGUGCUGCUUUCGGGCGUCUCUGUAGGUGGCACAUGACGGGCACGUGAACGUAAAGUACCGUCGCAAGAUGGCUCGUUCUUGGUCGCCGAUGCAGCCCCGAUGCCAUAGGCCGGCACAUUCUUGGCAGCGAUACACGUUACCAUCUCCUCCAGGACACAUUCCUCUUGCAUCGCAGAAUGUCACACCGUGCAUGCGAUAUUCACAGCACCAACCACAUUCGUACCCCUUGGCUAUCCUGCGGCCCGAGUCCCACUCAGGUCGCGGAUAAUAGCACCCAACACACUCGUCCUCGUACAUAUCCAGGCACUCUUUAACAGUCCCACUCACCUCUGUGAUGAACCUCGUCGAUCACGUGGUCCGUAAUUCCGUGUGCACACGUAUUGUUUACGUGUUUGGCCAGCCGGAAUACCGUUAGGCAGUCCGCGCACACAAUGGUUGUUAUUCCGCGCGUUCCGUAGCACAACCGCACAACUCACACAUUCUGUUUUCACGGAUCGUUGCCUAGCCCCAUGUUGGGCGCCACUAUCCAUACUAGGGAUGUAAGGGAACGAACAAAUUAAAUGUCGGAGUGGGCGCCACCACGUGAUGUGGGCAGGUGGACCCGGCGGAGACUCGCUUCAGGGCGUGACGUGACCCGUGUAGAACUAGGCCCGGUUCCCUUAGCAUGCGAUAUCGCUCCAGUGGGCUCUUAAGGCGUCCCACACGCCUCGAGGUUCAGGAGCAGGAACAUGUGGUCACUCGACUAAAAAUCACAAGUUAGACGUACUCCUUUUAUUUCAGCAACAUUACACGUCUCCAAUCGCGCUUCACCUACAUACACUCAAUGAAACUGUUAUAACACCAAGGGCGGGAGAGAAUCAGCUUACAGGCUGACCAGGUCACCUCGUGGCCUGGCCUCGUGAGGUUAGGAUGCAGUUCGUGAUUAAAUGUUCGAAUUGAACUUAAAUAUUUAUUAAAACGAGUCGGCCACCCGGAGUAGGCCUCGCAGAUACAAAAAGGUUUUAAGAAUUAUAAAAAGUCUGGCGGAUGUUAAGAGAUCAGUUGAUUAAAAAAAUAUGAAGUUGCGCGGUGCUCACCAAGCAUCCUCCCCCGGGUGACGAACGGAAGCGACUGAAGAGGCCAGGGCAGCAUGGCGGCCGGAAAGCGCUGGAUUUACCGUUAGCCUCUCCUGUUAUUUAUUAGCUACCACUUAUUUAACUAAAAUGAAUACACUAAAAUUCUAUAAUAAAAUUAUAACAAGGUUUCCUUAAUUAUUUAUGUUGAGUAUUAAUUAUUUUAAUUAAUAUUAUGGUUCAAACUGGUUGCGGGUAGUUCCAUUGCCUGCCGCGUGGGGCGCUGCGCCGUCCUUACCAACUAGCACUGCAAACAUAAUCCUAGGGAAUAUUAAUUAAAGCAAAGACAAGUAUCAAUUACGUAAACAUUAAAAUUGAAUGAUAAAAUAAAAGGGGUUGUGGCACAGACUCUAAUCUCGCCUCUUGUUGGCAGCCUCACACGUACACACACACACACACCUGCACACGGGGCAGGAGGUUAGAAAUAUUGGGUGGUGAUGGGAGGAGAGGGGUGUCGAUGGCGUGAGGCACAUCGGGCGUAGCCCCGGUCGACGUCAACCUGAACUGGGCCAGCACCUGCUAUUCUUUGUUAUUUUGAAUUCCGAACUGGACUCUCAACAGCAGAAAACUGCAGUGCUGUCUGUUGCUGAGAACAGAGUGAAGAGGCAACAUGGCUGCGUUCAUUCCCAGCUGGAAACAGGACGACCAGGUGGCACAAGAACCAAUUAGAGCGUGUUCUUUAAGCACUGGGAUUUCUUUGCCAAUCACACACGGACGUGCAGGCAGCAUGAAGGUGAAGGAGGCGGAGCGCACGGCGAACCUGGCGUGGUCCCCGGCCGCCCAGCACCCGGUCAUGCUCGCGGCAGGCACGGCCGCCCAGCAGCUGGACGCGUCCUUCAGCACGGCCGCGCAGCUGGAGCUGUGCACGCUCGGCCUGGCCCGGCCCGGCCUCGACAUGGAGGUCAGGGCCUCCGUGCCCAGCGAGCACAGGUACCACAAGGUGGUGUGGGGGGAGGCCGCCGGCGGGGUGAUAGUGGGUGGCUGCGACGGUGGGCGGGUGCAGAUGUACAGUGCUGCCAAGCUGCUGGCCGGCGAGGAGAGCAUCGUCGCCAGUAAGGACAAGCACGUGGGGCCGGUCCGCUCCCUCGACUUCAACCCUUACCAGGUGAACCUCCUGGCGACGGGGGCUUCCGAGUCGGAGAUCUUCAUAUGGGACCUGAACAACACGGACACGCCCAUGCUGCCGGGGGCCAAGUCCCACCCUGCGGACGACGUGCUGUCUCUCUCGUGGAACAGGCAAGUGCAGCACAUCCUCGCGUCUGCGUUCGCGCAGCGCUGCGUGGUCUGGGACCUCCGCAAGAACGAGCCCAUCAUCAAGCUGGCCGACAGUUCCUCGCGGGUGCGGUGGAAGGCGCUGGCCUGGCACCCCGACGUGGCCACCCAGCUGUGCCUGGCCUCGGAGGAGGACCAGCUGCCCGUGAUACAGCUGUGGGACCUGCGCUUCGCCUCGUCGCCCGUCAAGGCGCUGCACGGCCACCAGAGGGGCGUGCUGUCCGUGGCGUGGUGUGCCCAGGACCCAGACCUGCUGGCCAGCUGCGGCAAGGAGAACCACAUCAUCAUCUGGAACCCGAACGCCACGGACCAGAGUGGAGAGAUCGUGUGCGACCUCACCACCACCAACCAGUGGCACUUUGACAUCUCGUGGUGCCCGCGCAACCCCGCGCUCAUCGCCUGCUCCAGCUUCGACGGACACACGAGCGUGUACUCCCUCACAGGCGGACAGCAGCAGGCGCAAACCUCAAACAAGAUUGCAGACUCGUUCCCUGGCAUGGAUGCGUUCGCCCAGGCCCCGAGCUCACAGCCGCAGGCGGCUGCUGUGGACCUGCGCAGGGCUCCCAGGUGGCUGCGCAGGCCGUGUCGUGCUGCCUUCGGGUUUGGCGGAAAGCUGGCAACGUUCGAGUGGGAAGCGGGAGGCGCACGACGCCUGGUGUACGUGAGCCAGGUGGUGACGGAGCCCCAGCUGGUGGAACGCUCGCAGCUGCUGGAGCAGGUGCUUCAGUGUGGGCAGCUCGCAGAGUUCUGUGACGACAAAGCAGCGGACGCCCGCUCCCCCCACCACAAACAGAUGUGGAGGUUUCUGCGGGCACGCCUCUCGACGGACCCUCGGACUGAGCUGCUGGCUCUGCUGGGCUUCAAGCAAGACGACGUCGUUAGCAAGCUGAACAGAUACCUGGACAAGCCCGCUAACGCCAAGCUGAGUGACGGUGUCGAGAACCUGACCGGUCGUGUCGCUGCCUUGGGCCAAGAGGAUCACAGACAAGUGAAUGGUGUCACCGCAGCCAAUUUCGUAAAUUCAGCAGAAAACAUCUCAUCAGAGCCGUUAAAAAUUUUUACUGAUGAUGACGGGAGCGGGCUGAUCUCGCAGGCGCUGCUGCUGGGCAACACCGAGGCAGCGGUGGAGCUGUGCCUUCAGGAGGAGCGGUUUGCAGAUGCCAUCAUCCUCGCCAUGACGGGCGGCAGUGACCUGCUGGCCAGGACCCAGUUUCGCUACUUCCAGAAGUGCAAGGGUGCGUUGUCCGCGCUCAUCUCGGCGGUAGUGACGGAGGACUGGUCCCACGUGGUCAGGAACUGCUCUCUGGACAGCUGGAAGGAGGCGCUGGCCGCGACGCUCACCCACACCAAGAGUGACGAGUUCCCAGCUCUCUGCGGCGAGCUGGCGGAGCGGCUGGCUGCGGAGGGCAAGGACUCGGUGCUGAGCGCGCAGCUGUGCCUCGUGUGUGCGGGCGACCUGGACCGCCUGGUCCACAGCUGGACGGCCGUGUUCCAGCCCGACACGCCCGACAACCUGCAGUGUGGCGUGCAGGAACUGGUGGAGCUGGCGGUGGUGCUGCGCAAGGCUGCGGAGACCACGGGCCGUGUAUGCGCCGUGUCGGGCCAGCUGGCGCAGCUCCUGUCGCGCUAUGCGGGCCUCCUGGCCGCGCAGGGCAGCCUCGGCACGGCCCUCGCCUACCUGCAGGACUCCGCUGACGAGAACCUGAGCCUGCUGAGGGAGCGGCUGUUCUGUGCCCUGGGCCACAAGCAGGCGUACCAACAGCAGCAGCCGCUGCAGCAGGGUCGCGGGGCCAGGCGGACGUCGGCUCAGGGCUGGCAGGCCCAGAGUGUUUCAGCGGAUGAGAGCAACUACGGGAAGCCCUACCCCUCCGCGGGAGGGUACUGUGCCCCAGACAGCAAGCUGUUUCCAGUGAAGACCUCGAAGCCGAUCCCUCCCGCACAGCAGCAGUAUCAGCCACUCAUGGCACAGCCGUUCUCCACGGGCGUCCAUCCGUACGGCAGCCAGCCGCCCGCACAGCCGUACGGCAGCCAGCCACCUGCUCAGCCGUACGGCAGCCAGACGCCCUCCCAGUCAUAUGGCAGCCAGCCGCUCACACAGCCGUACGGCAGCCAGCCACCCGCACAGCCGUACGGCAGCCAUCCGCCCGCACAGCCGUACGGCAGCCAGACGCCCUCCCAGUCAUACGGCAGCCAGCCGCUCACACAGCCGUACAGCAGCCAGCCACCCGUCCAGACGUACGGAAGCCAGCCGCCCGCCCAGCCGUACGGCACCCAGCUGUACGGACAGACGCAGACGUACACCAUCGGCCCCAGAGCGUCCUCCAGCCCGGCCCCGGCCACCCUCCGCGGCUCCCCGGCCCCGCCUGGGGCGGGCGCUGGAGGCUCCAGGGGCAAGCACGUGCUGGACCCGACCUUGCAGGCCAACUCGGGCGGUCCUGCCUUCCCGCAGCAGCUAGGCCCGUCUCCUCGGCCCGCAGACGUGCCGGCCCAGAGCGUGCCCCAGCAGUUCCAGCAGACUGCGGCAGCUGACAGCGCUCCGGCCGGCUGGAACGACCCUCCGUCACUGGGACCCGUCAGGGCGCAGCCCAGGGUCGAGUACGCCCCGCAGACGCCCAUCACUCACCCGCUGUACGGCACGGUGCCUGCGGAGCAACCAGGCAGCUUCGCACCUCCCAGCGCGGGGGGCUACGCGGAGCCCGCCCACUCGUACGCCCCGCCGGAGCAGCAGCGACCGCCCACCCCGGCCACGCCCCGCGAGGCGGUACCCCCGACACAGAAGCCGCCCCUGCCGGAGGAGUUCAUGUACCUGCAGACGGUGUUUGACGAGCUGCGUGCCCGCUGCCUGAUGGCCGCCGCCAACGCCCAAACCAAGAGGAAGUUGGAGGACGUUGCUCGCAAGCUGGAGGCACUGUACGACGCCCUUCGUGCCUGCAAGCUGUCGCCCCAGACGGUGCAAGGGCUGCACCAGAUGGUGCAGAUGGUGCAGAUCGGGGACUACCAGGGCUGCCUGGGGCUGCACACCCAGCUGGUGUCGGGCCCGGACUUCUCGCAGAUCGCCAGCUUCAUGCCGGGCCUCAAGGUGCUGGUGCAGUCGGCGCUGCAGCUGGGCGUGUACCUGCAGUGAGGCGCCCAGAAUCAGCUUAUAAAACCAAUGUUAGUUUUGUUUUGAAGUAUUUGUAAAUACAACAAAAUAAAUAUUGAAAAGAAUAUUAUAAAUAAAACACAAAACAGUUCAGGUUAUUGAAAUCUAAGUGUUCUGGAAAGAUCAACAAAAAUCUUACAGUAAUUAGCUUUUGAAAUGAAUUCCAUGUUUAUAAACUUCAUGCGUCAACCCUCAGCACGCCACAAUGAAAUACAUUCUUGAGUGUUUACUAGCUGAAUUUAAACAAGCAUAAAAAUGUGUACCGAAUGUUUUCUGCCAGCAGCUAAACCUGCAAUUUGCUUGUGCUAUGUAGGUGCCAGAUUAUAAUUUUAAUCAAUUUGGUACCCAUCCAUUUAAAGUGGUUAUUAGAAGCAUGAUAGUAAAUAUGUCAGUAAUAAUAUAACUAAAAUGUCAAAACUGCAAACUGUGAAAGUAAGAUUUUACGUUGUUUGGUAAACUUAAAAACUGUUAUUUUUAAAAAAUUAUAUAUUAUUUAGCUCUUUGUUUUCUUCCAAAAUAAAAAAAGGUUUUAAAAAAAUUAAUAUUGUAAGUUUGAUAUAAAUGACCAAACUUGAAGUAGCCUGUGUUAAAAAUAAAUAGCAAAAAAAAAAUUAUAAGCUGGUAUUGUCAGUGAUGACUGUUCAAUACUCUUUCAAUAAGUGCUGAUGUUAUUUAUUAGUUGCGUGUAUGAAACAUUUUUAUAUAAAUGUAUUAUUCGUGCAGUAUGUUAACUUUGUACAGCAUUAUUAAAAUAAAAAAUAUUUAAAAAA